UGUCGACGAACAAGGACGCGUACCAUCUACUGAGCGGGAAGAGGCAUCCAUCGAUGUGCCAGCCCCUCGUGGACGCCGGUUCUCGUUCGAUGAUUUUUCUGUGCGUUUUGAGGUGUCUAGUGGCUCGCAGGAUGAUGUUGGGGUCGGUCAUUUUAUCCAAGAGGACGAUGACGAGGAUCAUUUGUCCAUUGCAUCUUCGCGGCCACACUCCACUCAGCUCGUCAUAUCUCACGACGACCGAGGGGAGGAUGUGGAAAUGUCCUUGCCAGUAGUGGCGAGCGGCAUGCCCGGCGGUUUGCUAUCAGCAAGUGAAGUGUCUAGAGAUAAAAGUGCGACGGUGGACCCUAUGGAUGUGAACUUGGAUUCUGCAGUGGUUUUUGUUUCAACGGACAAUGGUCCACUUCCUGCGUUGAAUUCAGAGGCCGCACGUUCUCAACAACAUGAUAAAAAGCCUGCAGAGGUCUCAACGACUGCCUCGUCGAUACCUCCCGAGCCGCAACCUGUCUGCUCCGAUUCCACUUUACAUUCUAACCUAUCAUCGUCUCUCUUGUCUACAGAAGCGCCUCCCGGCAAAUCAGUAGAACAUUCACACUCAGCCAAGGUCGUGUCACUCGCACCCCAAAAGGAACUCGAGGAAAAUAUUGAAUUUAGUGCAUCUACACAAAAUAUGGAAAUUUUCGACAUGGUCAAUCCUCUCGCAUCUACUUCCACUGAUUCCAGUUCCCCCUCACAACUACCAGUACCUUUGCCACGCGAAACAUCGGCAUACGAACCGUCGGCGGACAAGAUUGCACAUGAAAUGAACUUGCGAAGGCUCGUUCAUGAAAGUAAGCAGAACAAGGCGAAUGCUCGUGGCGUAACGUCCUCCUCUUCCAUGUUCACUGAUCCUGCCACACUUCCCCCUACCCCAUCUGCUGUCAACGGUGAUGUUGCCCUUGCGCAACCCAGUCCCACCGUUUCGUCAGCAACGUUUGUUCUGCCUUUUUUAGAAUUUUAUUGACACUGAUUUUCGACUAGGAGCUUGGAAGAACUUGCUGUCACGUUCAUUU